AUGUACAAGGUAUUGGAGCGGAUUAUCCUGGACCGACUCAUUAAACACGGCGAAGAAGCAACGCGCGUCGAGCAAGCUGGCUUUCGUCCUGGUCGAUCUACGAUUGACCAAGUUUUCGUCGUUAGGAAAGUGAAGAAAUUUUGGGAGCGGUAUUCGAAGCCAAUGCAACUAGCGUUUCUGGACUUUGAAGCCGCGUUCGACUCUCCUCACCGAGGCCGUCUUGUCAACGCGCUUCGCGCCGAUGGAGUACCAGGAAAGUUCGUUCGCUUGCUCGAUGACAUGAAUCAACGAACAACUGUUGCAGUUCGAACACCAGCCGGAUAUACAACACCAUUUGAGGUGGUAACUGAAGUAAGACAAUAG